UAUAGUUCUACAAGAAUAAAUUAGAUAUUACGCCUGAUAUCUGACAAGUAUAAAAAUUCACAGUUUAUCUAAACAUCUAGUUCAGUUUUCGCAAGACAUCGAGGUAGCAAGACGCACAAACAUGAGAUCAUUCUUUAUUCUUGGAUUAUUAGCUGCAUCAGCUAGUGCUGGUGUGUUGUCUGGUUACAACUAUGGUCCAGGAGUAUCAGGUAUCCGUGAGGAGAUUUUGCCUGCAGCAGCAAGUUCUUCUGGACACAAAUCAGGACAUUACAACAGCGGCAGCUACAGCAAUGGUGGAAUCAUAAGCUCAGGAAGCAGCAACUUCAACAACGGUCACUACCAACAAUACUCCAUUGGUAUUGAUGAUCUUGACUACGUUCCUCAGACCGUUCAAUACAGCAAACAAUUCUACCAUUUCGACGCCCCAGCUGAAGCUCAAUUAGAAGGAAGAAUCACCAAGCAGUUGAGUAACUCUUUGAAGAAGAACCUCCAAGUUGUAUUCAUUAAGGCCCCAGAAAAUAACGUUGCCACCAAUGCCGCACUUCAGUUGGCCAAGCAAGCUAUCGAACAAAAGACUGCUAUCUAUGUUCUCUCUAAGCAACACGAUGAAGCACAAUUGGUGGGACAACUCCAACAAAUCCAAGAGAAUGUACAGACCGCUCCUGAAGUUCGUUUUGUAAAGUACAGGACCCCCGAAGAUGUUCAACGCGCCAAGCAAUCCAUCCAAGCUCAAUACGACAACGUUGGAGGAGUUUCUGAAAUCUACAACGGUGGAUACGCCCCAGUUUUGAACUACGCUAGCGCCGGCAAGCCAUUCCAAUUCGUUUUCGGAGAACCAAACAACAAGGCAUCUGGCAAAUACUACAAGACAGUUUACAACAAAUCAGGACCCUUAAACCUUAGCUCAGCUCAAUCUAGCGGAACCGAAAGCUUGGCUUCAGGAUCAGGAAUUUCCACUUCAGGAUCUGGAUCAGCUAACUUCGCCCUUGGCGCAAGUGGAUCAGGAAGCUUCACUUCAGGAUCAAAAUCAACAAAACUCGCCUCAGGCUCAAGCUUCAGCUCCCCUCAAUCAAUUGGAACAUCAAGCAUCAUUUCCGAAUCUGCACCAACCAACAUCAAAUCCGAAUCAAGCUUUAGCUCCCUAUCUUUCGGAUCAUCAAGCAACUUGGGUUCUGCAUCUGGAGCAGCACAAUUGAAUGAAGCCGCUAGUUCUGCUGGUUCUUCAAACAUUUCCGGAACCGGAUCUUUCAUCUCUAGUGAGUCGUACUUGCCUCCUCUCAAAAAAUGAACGCGAAAUCUAAUAACACAGUAUUUUCAAUCAAAGUUUAAUAAAUAAAUCAGCAUUAAAAACUAAAA